GACGCCUGUAGCGCCACUAAAAACUACAUUACCCAGAAGGCACCUGAAACUCAGGUGCCCCGGCAACUUGUUGCCUCGUGAGGAAAAUAGGGGUGACCUCCGCAAUCACCCGAGUAGUGGGAGAGCUGCUGUCAUUCUCAACCAGCUGAAAAUGGCUGAGUGUAUUAGAGUCCUGGUGACCGGCGCUGCUGGGCAGAUUGCAUACUCUCUGCUGUACAGCAUUGCAAAGGGAGAUGUCUUCGGUAAAGAUCAGCCUCUCAUUUUGCUUCUGUUGGACAUCACUCCCAUGUUGCCUGUGCUGGAGGGUGUUGUUAUGGAGCUGCAGGACUGUGCUCUUCCACUUGUGAGAGAGGUCAUUCCCACUGAUAAAGAGGAUGUUGCAUUCAAGGAUUUGGAUGCCGCCAUCCUGGUGGGCUCCAUGCCAAGAAGAGAAGGCAUGGAGAGAAAGGAUCUACUGAAGGCUAACGUUGCCAUCUUCAAGUCCCAGGGGGAGGCGCUUGACAAGUAUGCAAAGAAAACAGUCAAGGUUCUAGUUGUUGGUAACCCGGCUAACACUAACUGUCUGAUCGCGGCCAAAUCCGCCCCAUCCAUCCCUAAAGAGAAUUUCUCCUGUCUUACGCGCCUGGAUCACAACAGGGCUUGCUCUCAGGUGGCAAUGCGUUGUGGCAUUUCAGCAAACGUUGUGAAGAAUAUGAUCAUCUGGGGAAACCAUUCAUCCACACAGUACCCUGAUGUCCACCACUGCAAGGUGAAUGUGCAGGGGAAGGACGUGACUGCCUUUGAUGCAGUGAAGGACGAUGCCUGGCUGAAGGGAGAUUUCAUUUCUACAGUGCAGCAGCGUGGUGCUGCAGUCAUUAAAGCCAGGAAACUCUCCAGUGCCAUGUCAGCCGCCAAGGCCAUCUGUGACCACAUGAGAGACAUCUGGACAGGCACUUCCGAGGGUGAGUUCAUCUCUAUGGGUGUCUAUUCCACUGGAAACCCUUAUGGAGUACCUGAGGACCUCAUUUACUCAUUCCCUGUUUCAAUCAAGGAUAAGACCUGGAAGAUUGUUGAAGACCUGGCCAUCAAUGACUUCUCGAGAGCAAAGUUGGACGCAACAGCAGCUGAAUUAGUGGAGGAAAGAGACACCGCAGUCUCUUUCCUGGGUGUGUGAAUAGAAACUCAAAUGUCUACAUCACUCUUAGUUACCCAGAAAACUCCAGAAGCACGUUUGUAAAACACUCCUGAAAAUAUUUUCUUCCCCUUACAACUGUUACACAAAUACUAGAAUCGUAUGUACUUGAAUUAAACCUGUUCAGAUGGAUUUUGAAUCUAGUCCAGCUUUUAAACAGGGGCUUUGGUUGUUUUCUUUUUUGUUUUUGGUCUUCCACCAGACCACAGCUCCCAUGUAAAGAGAAAAUGUAGUUUAAGACAAGAACUGUUUCUAGACUGCCCUUUCUAAUCCAGAACUGCAUAAAGGAGGAUCAAAGCCUAAAGGAUUCAGAUUCAGACUACUUGGAUUAGGUCUUUCUGUGUCAUUGUCCAGACUGAAACUUCAGCUGUUACAUAUCUGGUAGGAGUCAGAAAUGAUUAAGGAAUGUUUAUUAUUUAAAUAAAUUGGCAGUGUGGUUACUGUAACAGAUGUUUAUAUGUAGGAUCCAGCAAUAAAACCCAGACAUUAAAAUGCA